CGCAGGAGCUUCCUUCCCUGGGCAUCUUGCAGUGGCACCAGGGGCUGCAGAGGGCAUGGAGAGGACCCUCCUGUGCCUCCACAGCUCCCCUCCUCCUGGAUCCCGAUCUUCCAAAGAAGAGCAGCCAGGAUCUGCGAGAUUCUGGAGACCUUGGAUCCCCAGCCAAAAAGAGGCAGAGAAGGAGAGGACGCAAAAGCCUCAGACGUUGUGUGAUUCCUUUGAGACCACAGAAGACUCAGCAAAACUGACACAGUAUACGCACCCUGUCAGAUUAUUCUGGCCCAAAUCAAGGUGCUUCGACUACCUCUAUCAUGAAGCGGAAGCACUUCUGAGGAACUUUCCUGUUCAAGCCACAAUUUCCUUUUACGAAGAGUCGGAGAGCGAGGAGGAAACUGAUGAGCUGGAGCAUGAUUCUGGAGCAGAAGUGGAUUAUUGAUUGUACAAGGACUAAUGUUACUGUUUAUAUCCAUUGAUUUAAUAUCAAUUGCAGCUUGCUAUAAUAUGUUUAAGCUAAUUUAUAUGUAAG